AUGUCGCAACCACUCGAUCUCUCAAACUUCGACCUUGAGGCCUACAUGAGCUUCUUCCCAACGGACUCCUCUUGCUCAGAUGUCGAGAUCACAACACCUCCAGAUUCCCCAUUCACUGCCCGGGGACCACAGCUGUACCCUGCAGCAGGCGAUGCAACCAUGAACUCAAACUCAAGCUCCGCGACCUCCAACCCAUUCCGGCUGCUUCAUGACAGUAUGCGCGCCCCCUCCUCCGCCCCGUCCUCAAUAUACCAAGCCUCCGCAGCCGAGAUCCAGGAUAGUACCAACCUCCUCUGCGAGUCCUCCCUAUCCGCCACGCCAGCAGCGCAAUUGCCGGACCCUACCUCAAUGACCCAAUCCCCAUCCACGCUACUUUCCAGCGCCGAGGACGAACAAGGAGAAGAAGCGUCCCCCAAGGCUAAACGCCGCUCGCAAAACCGCAUGGCGCAACAGCGCUUCCGUGAGCGGAAGGAGCAGGAAAAGGCCCAGCUUGCCAAUCGUGUCAAGGGGCUUACGAGUGAACUUGGCGCGGCGAUGCAGCGGAUUCAUGAGCUGGAGGCUGAGAAUGAGAGGCUUGUUAUGGAGCUUAAUCUCCUGCGGCCGUGGCAUCGGGAUGUGAUGAAUGUUCUGCUGGCUUAUCCGCCCGGUGGCGCGGAACCGGCGACGACGACGGUCACUAAUCUCGGGUUGGGCGAGAUCCUCUGA